AUGAGCGCGCGGUUCCAACCGCGCGCAAGUAUCGUGUACGUUGGCUCGGGUUCCCACCCGAGCAGGAUACACUUGGUCGACGACCUGUGUGUUCUCGUGGUGAGCGAGAACGAGAUGCACGACGACGGUGUCGUGGUGAAGUGUCACCACGACUACGAGACCGAGAGCGAUUGCGAGAACGUCGUGGUGACGUUUCACCACGACGACGACAUGAAGAGCGACGACGAGAACGUCGCGACGAGCGUGUAUCGCGACGAUCACGCGAACGAGAACGUCGUGGCGAGUGCAUGGCACCACGACCUCGAGAGCGCGAGUGGUGUCGCCAGCGUGACGCGCCACGAUUAA